CCGGCCUCUCGGCUUCUGAGCUUCCGUAGGGUUUCUGGCCGGUAGGCGAGGAAUGGAGCCGGUGGGCGGCGGCGGCUCCUCCUCCACCACCGACCCGCGAAGUACCUACGUGCUGAGUAACCUCGCGGAGGUGGUGGAGCGUGUGUUCACCUUCCUGCCCGCCAAGGCGCUGUUGCGGGUAGCCGGAGUGUGCCACCUAUGGAGGGAGUGUGUUCGCAGAGUGCUGCGGACCCACCGCAGCGUGAUCUGGAUCUCCGCAGGGGUGGCGGAGGCCGGCCACCUGGAAGGACAUUGCUUGGUCCGCGUGGUAGCAGAGGCGCUUGAGAAUGUUCACAUCUUACCACGGACCGUCCUCUACAUGGCAGAUUCUGAAACUUUCAUUAGCCUGGAGGAGUGCCGUGGCCACAAAAGAGCGAGGAAAAGAACUACCAUGGAGACAGCAUUUGCCCUCGAGAAGCUGUUCCCCAAGCAGUGUCAGAUCCUUGGGAUUGUGACCCCGGGAAUUAUAGUGACGCCAAUGGGAUCAGGUAACAACCGACCUCAGGAAAUAGAAAUUGGAGAAUCUGGUUUUGCUUUAUUAUUUCCUCAAAUUGAAGGGAUAAAAAUUCGGCCCUUUCAUUUUAUUAAGGACCCCAAGAAUUUAACACUCGAACGACAUCAGCUUGCUGAAGUGGGUCUUCUGGAUAACCCUGAGCUUCGCGUGGUCCUUGUCUUUGGCUAUAACUGCUGUAAGGUGGGAGCCAAUAAUUACCUGCAGCGAGUGGUCAGCACUUUCAGCAACAUGAACAUCAUCCUGGCUGGAGUCCAGGUGGACAACUUGUCUUCACUGACUUCUGAGAAGAAGCCUCUGGAUAUUGAUGCCACAGGUGUGGUCGGACUGUCGUUUAGUGGACAGCGAAUCCAGAGCGCCACGGUUCUCCUCAGUGAGGAUGUGACUGAUGACAAGACGGCUGAGGCAGCCAUGCAGCGUCUCAAAGCCGCCAACAUCCCCGAAGAGAACACCUUCGGCUUCAUGUUCGCGUGCGUGGGCCGGGGCUUUCAGUACUACAGAGCCAAGGGGAACGUGGAAGCUGACGCCUUUAGGAAGUUUUUUCCCAGUGUCCCCUUAUUCGGUUUCUUCGGAAAUGGGGAGAUUGGAUGUGACCGGAUAGUCACCGGGAACUUCAUACUGAGGAGGUGUAAUGAGGUAAAGGAAGAGGACCUGUUCCAUAGCUACACGACUAUCAUGGCGCUCAUUCACCUGGGGGCCUCUAAAUAGACUGGCUCUCACAGGAUGUAACUUUGGGGGGUUGCCUUUUUCAGAAAAAUGGAAACUUGGGAUAUAAGUAUUUUAAAACCAAACUAGCUCCUUGUGCUUUGUAGCUUUGGUGCUCUGAGAUCAUGUUGGGUGAGUUUUAGUGCAGAGAUGAAGGACAGCUUUGUUCACAGAUCAGACAGUGGGAGGAGGCCACCAGGAGGAUGGAGGUUGAACACCUGUAGUUACUGAUGAACAUGUAGCAAAAUCAUGACUUUAUUUUCCCUUAAAGGCGAAAAUUAAAGAGAUGGUGGAGUCUUUUUUUCCUGCUUUUCAGUUUUCUCAGGAGCUGUAACAAAUUUACUGACUUUUUACUUUUCUGAUGAAGAACUACCUUUGUUUUCGUAGGUAAGUUAGCAUUUUCCUCUUCACGGUAAAGAGACUGUAAGGGAACAAUCUUUUUCACAUAGUCCUGAAAAUUAUAUCACCAUAUUUUGGUUUUAUACCAAUAAAAUACAUUUGAAAACCCACCAACUAGUAUAUUCACUGCUUUUGAUGAGACAUGAAGGUUGUCGGCUACUCCGCUGAGAGCCUGGAGCGGAGAGAGAAGUGAGGAAACACUAGUUUCCCCUCAGCAUUGGCAUUUACAGAGCACGUGAUGGGAACUUGGAUUUUCACUUACUCACAGCCUGUAUUUCUCAAUAGGGCUUACUGUGUUCUGUGUCCUUAAUAGCACAUGAUCUUGGAUUGUCCCUUUCUCCUUACUGCUUGGAAUAUGGGUAGCUCAUGAGUCACCUUGGACACCGCAGAGAAGUCAGUACUCCAUUGUGGCGAGGACCACAGGGAUCCUGGGUGUCUUCUCCUGUAUUCCCGUAAUGGACUUGUGCUGCCUGUUCCUAGACUUGUACAGGGUGGACGUUAACAUGGAUUGCACCAGGUCGUCAUUGGAGGAUAUGCUUACAAGGUGACAUUUCUGUACUGGUCAGUGGUUUCUACUAAAAGGACAC